AAAACACCCCAUUAAUUUCCGCUGCUAUAUAACUCCUCUAUUCGCUCCUUUGCUCGACGACCAUCCCUCCCCCGCAUACAACCGCCCACCCCACCACCGCCAGCACCGACCAUGACCAUCCCCAUCGUCAACAACAUCGUCGAAGAGCUCCAGGUCCGCCCGCGGCCCAAGGAUGUCGGUAUCCUUGCCAUGGAGAUGUACUUCCCGCGCAGGUGCAUCUCGGAGGAGGACCUCGAGGUGUUCGACGGUGUCGCCAAGGGCAAGUACACCAUCGGCCUCGGCCAGCAAUACAUGGCCUGCACCGACGACCGCGAGGACAUCAACUCCUUCGCCCUGAGUGUCGUUUCGAGCCUCAUGGAGAAGUACAACAUCGACCCGAGGUCCAUCGGCCGUCUCGACGUCGGUACCGAGACGAUCAUUGACAAGUCUAAAUCCGUCAAGACCGUGCUCAUGGACCUCUUCGCCGAGUCCGGCAACUCAGACAUUGAGGGCAUCGACUCCAAGAACGCUUGCUACGGAUCCACCGCUGCCCUCUUCAACGCCAUCAACUGGAUCGAAUCCAGCUCAUGGGAUGGUCGCAAUGCUAUCGUCUUCGCCGGCGACAUCGCGAUUUACGCUGAGGGCGGCGCCCGGCCCGUCGGAGGUGCCGGUGCUUGCGCCAUGCUCAUCGGACCCAAUGCGCCCAUCGUAUUUGAGCCCAUCCACGGCACGUACAUGGCCAACACGUACGACUUUUACAAGCCCAAGCUCGACUCCGAGUACCCCGAGGUCGACGGCCCGCUCUCCAUCACCACCUACCUCACCGCGCUCGACAACUCCUACUCGCGCUUCCGCGAGAAGACCGCCAAGUUCAAGAAGCUCGCGCAGAUCCACGGGCACGCGCCCAACGGCGUCAACGGCGAGGUCAACGGCAAGUCCGAGGACCCCAAGGCCGUGUUCAGCCUCGACGACACCGACUACCACGUCUUCCACAGCCCGUACGGCAAGCUCGUGCAGAAGGGCCACGCGCGCCUGCUCUACAACGACUUCAUCUCCAACCCCUCCGCGCCCAAGUUCGCCGCCAUCGACACGUCCCUCCUUAACGUCUCCCCCGCCGCGUCACUCACGGACAAGAACCUCGAGAAGGUGUUCACGGGCUUCGCGAAGGACCAGUACGCCUCGCGCGUGGCGCCGUCGAUGCACUGCGCGAAGCGCUGCGGGAACAUGUACACCGCCUCGCUGUACGGCGGGCUCGCGUCGCUCAUCUCCGCCGUCGAGCCGUCCGAGCUCAAGGGCAAGCGAAUAAGCAUGUUCGCGUACGGCUCCGGCGCGGCGUCGUCGUUCUACACGAUCCGCGUGAAGGGCGACACGACGGAGAUCCGGGAGAAGAUGGACCUGCUCAACCGCCUCGCGAGCAUGAAGGUCGUGCCCUGCCAGGAGUACGUUGACUCGCUCCACCUCCGCGAGUUGAACCACAACGCCGCGGCGUACAAGCCCACGGGUGACAUCGACAACAUCUGGCCGGGCGCGUACUACCUCGAGGAGAUCGACUCCAAGUACCGGCGCAGGUACGCGCGGGCACCGGUUGCAUCAGCAUGAGCAGAGGGCGUUGUUGGGUUGUCACUGGGUCGUAUUGUCACCGUCGCAUUCGCAGUUAUUAUUUAAUCAGUCGCAGUUAUGCUUUGCUACUCACUCACACUUAGACCAUACUAUUAGAUGUUUACGCUCAAGGAUAAUAUAUGCCGUGUAUUAUGCAAGUCAUGCUGGGGUGAUUCAGAUCGAGCACUGUAACCGAGGGUGGAAAGUUCA